AUGCAUAUGAUCAGCAAGAUGCUGGAAAGGCGUUCGAUCGGGCGUGCAUUCCACUCGUGGUCUGUCCUCGCAGAGUUAGCCCAAGUUGGUAAAGAUAGCAUCCACACAUGGCAAGAAGCGAAGAUGCAGAUGCACCAUGCAGGCUUAAAUGCCGCUAGCAACCAACCCGCAUACCAACAGCGCCGCAAUAACAGCAAAAAGGGGGGUUAUAAAAAGAAAUACUCUAUGAUCGGCACGCCUAAGCCCGCAGAAGCCGCAGGAAGUCCACGUCCCGGCAUGAAGCGUGCAGCACCUAGCAUGGAAGCUGCAGUAGCGGCACCCUCUAGCGUACCAUCCGUUUCCUAA